GCAGGAGCCCAGGAGCUACACAUUUAAACAGCGAACAGGGAUAUUACAACAGUGAUUCGGAACGGCAAGUUGUGUUAUGAAAAGCAGCAGUGUCACGGUACUGUUGGGCGUUAUGGAGCUGCUGCAUCCCGGGGACACAACGCCAACAGGUUUUCUUCCAAUUGCCUAAAGGAUGAACUAUUCCUUAGAAAAUUCCAUUCCCUAUGAAGAUUAUUUGAGGAUGAAAGCCCAAACUAUACCGCCACAUCGUAUGAAAGAGUUUUUGGACUCUCUUAGUGCUAAGGGAAGUGAGGAAAUGCAGCAGUUUGUACAUCCUCCGAUUUCAGUAUAUCCACAACUGAAUCAUUAUUUUUACAUGGACAGCACAGAUGUGGCAGGUUCUUUGUUGGAGCUGGCUAGGCCCAUUGCAUCUCCUUUGCAGCAUACUACAGGUGGCCCUGGUGUUCCUUUUGAUCAGCAUCACAUUCCUGUUCACCAUGUUUCACUACGGCAGGGUCACUAUGUGGAUAUUCAGACAAAUCAAUCUGCUAAGCCUAUGCAGCAGCAAGUAGAGGCGCAGCCAGUUUCAGAAGAACAAAGUACUAGCAUUGCUGGCUCAUCUAACGCUCAAGAAAAAAGACAAUGCUUCUCAGGAUUAUCUCAGCCAGUUAAAAAAAGAAAGUAUGACUUGUCUGUUGAAAACUAUCACGUAAAUCACGCAACCUUACAGAGUGCAUCUGCUGCUGCAGUACUGGCAUUACCUGUGCAGAGCCAGCAACAGGCCUAUAUUCCGAUUCGCCAAGAGCUGCUAACUGUGGAUAGUAGCCAGUUGUAUGGGCUAGUACCAGCUAGUACAUCAACCUCUGGUCAGCUGCCCAACGUUGAAUCUUGGGCAAUAUUUUCUGCACAUGCAAAAUGUCCUGAAUCUCAGACUAUUAUGCAUAGCUCUGUUCCUCAGGAUUCCUGUGGUAUUGUCCAAAUGGGAGAAAUUCCAAUGACCACAAGUAGCAUUAAGGUAGAAGAAAAUAAAGAGAGCUUUGAAGCAAAAAAAACCAAUACAGAGAAAACUGUACAUGCUCCAGGCACUUCAGGUUUCCCUAUGCAGUUGACCAAUAUGAAUGGGAAUAUCCCAAUAUCUUUGUCUGUACAAAGUACAGGAAGAGGGUAUCAACCAUCAAAAUACUGGGAUCAUCAAGUUCAGUCUGAAGGCCUACAGAGCUCACAAGCUGAACCACACCUACGUCUGCAAAAUAAUGCAGAUUUUCCAUGCACUCUCAAGCCAGAGGAAGGGGCUUUAUUUUGGAAGAGUUGGGCACAGAUAAAACAUGCAGAGACCAUGAAGGAAAUGGAAAAUAAGUUGCCAUGUUUUGAAAGAAGAAAACCAAUCAUUUUUAAGGAAGAUCUUCUUUCAGUGCCAAUAGCAGAUUUAAAUUAUGGACUUUGCCUAAUGACCAAAGAGGCUAGAAAGCAGGAUGGUUCUUCUUAUGAUGCCGAUAUGUUGUUCUAUUUAUUUCUGUGUAUGCAAAAGCACAUGUUUGACAACAACAGAAUUGAUAAUGUCUUUGCUGACCUUUACUAUUCAAAGUUUUUGGAAAAACUUCAUGAAGUACUUAAGGAAUGGUGCCCAAGAGUAAACCCAUUUGGUUACAUCAUAUCCAGUUGUAUUACUGAAGAAAUGUUAUGGAACUGUAAACAACUUGGUGCCCAUUCACCAACUACUCUACUUUUCACACUUUUGUAUUUUAACACUAAGUAUUUUAUUUUAAAAACUGUAGAACAGCAUUCACAGCUGGCUUUCUCCAAAAUAACAAAGCAGACAAGGAAGAACUCUGGAAUAGGAAAAGAUAAGAACUGCACAAUACGUUUUCUACGGCUGUAUGGUCAAGUUCAGAGUGGUUUAAAAGUUACCGAAGAAACCUACGUGGAACAAGUUGAAAACCCUGAUAAUCCACUGCAGUGUCCCAUUAAGUUAUAUGAUUUCUAUCGCUUCAAAUGUCCACAAGGAAUGAGAGGACCAACAGAUGCCUUUUACUUAGUUCCUGAACCAGUAGUAGCCCCAAACAGCCCUAUCUGGUAUUCUGGACAGCCUGUAAAUAAGGAAGUGAUGGAGCAAAUGCUAACUCGAAUAUUACUGGUUAAAGAUGUCCAGGAAGCACAUGUAUCUUCCAGCAUUUCUGCAUAUUAAUUCACCUGCCUGUUAUAAUAAAAAAAUGAGUAUUCACUUUA